AUGUCGUGGUUCUCUUCGCUGUUCUCCUCCUCCAAGCCACCGCCGGCAACAUCUGGAGCCGCGCAGCCUCCAGCCCUCGACCAUCGAAUCUUAGAAGAACCAGUCCGGCAGCCCGAACGCGAGCCCGUCGUCGAAGCCGCCCAACCCUCGCCCUCGCCUUUACCAUCCAAACAGCUCGACCGGCCGAACAGGAACGCCGUGAUCUUCGGAGCCGGCGCCGCCUUCUUCGUCUUUUCCCUCCUGAUCACAAGACGAGCCUUUGCGCGGAAGCGCCUGGCUUCCAGUCCGGCCUUUUAUGCCAACGCUCCGGGCCACCAAGCGGAACAGGCCAAGAAUGUCAAUGGCGCGAUGGAAGCGCUGGAGGCGUUGAAUCUCGCGACGGUCAACGUGCUCAGCCUGUCCAUGAUGGCGACGGGAGGCACGCUGUGGUAUCUCAAUAUCAACAGCGUGGCGGACGCGAGGAGGAUGAUUCGCGGAGGACUGGGCGUGGAUGGCACGGGCAGGUCGGAGAAAGAUGCGGAGGAAGACUUUGAAGAGUGGCUGGCGACGACACUGGCGAGGAAAGAGGCCAAGGGGUCAGGGGCACAAGAGGCGCAGGCGAAGAUGAAUGAGCGAGGUCAACAGCGCUGA